GUAACAAAUUUGUGUCCUCAUUGUAAUGUCAUGAUAAAAAUUUAAGAGUUAUUUAUCUCAUUGUGAUAUUUCUUCGUCAAACAUGAGUUUUAGUCAAGGUCUUGUUAAAAUUAAGGAAAAUGAGGAAAGCCGUGCGAAGUCUACCCCUAUCGCUAUGGUGGCACCGGAACUCAAACAAAACACAGAUGAUACGGAGAUAACAAAAACUUGUGCAGUCCUGGGAUGUGACGAAUCAAAGAAUAUAAACUCUGAGCUAUUUUUUAGGUUUCCCGAAGAUGCAAAUCUUAGGCAAAUAUGGACGGACCUAACAGGCAGAAAUAAUUGGACACCUACAGAUUAUUCCUAUAUCUGUGUUCAACAUUUCUCUGUAGAUUGUUUCGAAUGUAACGCCGAUAAUACUGUGGUUCUGAACUCUAAGGCUGUACCUUCGUUAAAGUUGCCUAAACAUGUUUUGGAGGUUGAAUAUAUAGACGAAGAGACACUUGACAACGAAUAUGAAGACGAGGAUUAUCUAAUGGAUAGCGAUGAGUACAGCGACGCAGAAAACUAUCAACGCGAACUAACUGACCCGACAUCACUAAACGUAUCAAAUCAUGUUACAAGCAAAAAAGACGAAGAUAGUUUAGAACUUUUAAAACUGUUUACCGAAGUACAGAAAAUGCAGAGACAAGCGGUCAGCUUGAAAGAGAAAUUAAAGUCAAGGAUGAAGGUAUACAAACGACAGACGAGAUACCUAUUGAGAGUUAAAGAGAUUAUAGAAAUGAAAAGGAAUAUAUUGAAUCAGAAGAGAAAGAAAAAGUCGAGGAUACUCUUAUCUUUGCAAGAUAAAAUAAGAGAAGAUACGAAUGGUUUAGUUUUAGCAAUGCCGACGAGACAGACGGAUGAUUUGAAGAAUUUCGCUCUUAGUAUUUACAAAUAUUCACCACAAGCGUACAUAUACAUUAGAAAUACAUUAAGGACACUGUUACCUAGCACUGAAGUACUAGAAUCGUGGGUGUCUUCGGGUUACGAACCAAAAAAUGUACUGUCAAAUAGUAAUUUGCUAAAAGUUGUGUCUGAACUGACUGAUACGGAAUUAUCGUGUAAAGUAUCGUUACGUUGAUGUAGAUUAAGCAUGAAUUAGGUAUACUUUGUGAAUAAUUAGAUUCAAGAUAUUUUCAAGCAUGA